AAUCAGUCACACACACUUCGCUCCUCACUCGUCGCUCGCUCUCCGCCCGAAACCCUAGCCGGCGGCCAUGGACGCGGAGCAGCACCUUCCGUACAUCUACACCUGCCUCCCCGACCCGCCAGUCUCCGACAUCGCCCGCCUCGCCGCCCGCCGUGCCGCCCCCGACCACGGCGUCGACCACAUCAGCGGCCUCUCCGACGCCCUCCUCCACGACAUCGUCUCCCGCCUCCCCUUCAAGGAUGCCGCGCGCACCGCCGUGCUCGCCACACGCUGGCGUCGGGUCUGGCUCUCGGCGCCGCUCGUGGUCGUCGACAACCACCUCCUGGACCACUGCCCCCCGGCUCGCGCCGACGCGCCGGCCGUUACCGCCGCGGUGUCGCGUGUCCUCGCCGCGCAUCCCGGCCCGUUCCGGUGCGUCCACCUCGUCUGCACACCCAUGGACUCGGGCCGCGCCAAGCUCAAGCGCUGGCUCCGUCUCAUGGCCGCCAAGGGCGUCCAGGAGCUCGUCCUCGUCAACCGCCCCUGCCCGCGCGAGGUGCAUCUCCCUGGCACGCUCUUCCGCAUCGCCACCCUCACCCGCCUCUACGUCGGCAUCUGGAAGUUCCCUGAUGUGGCCUCCCUCGGCGAUGCCUCCUUCCCCAACCUCCGUGAGCUCGGCAUCUUGAGCGUCGUCUUGGAGAACGGGGACGUCGAAGCCGUCGUCGCCCGGAGCCCCGUUCUGGAGAUCCUCAACAUUCAAGGCAGCAUGAAGGGUCUGAGUCUCCGCCUCGACAGCCAGAGCCUCCGGUGCGUGCAGAUCUGCGAUUCCGUCAUGGAGAGCGUCGUCAUGGUGGACACCCCGCGCCUCAAGCGGCUCAUCCUGUACAAGGUUCGGGGAUCUCUCAACCCUGCGAGUGGCCUACGCACCGGGAUCAACAUUGCCAAUGCCCCCAACCUGAAAGCGUUCGGGUACCUGGAGCCAGGAAAGCACGCCUUUGAGGCCGGCGGCACCAUCAUCAUGUAUGGGGUUAAGCCAAGUGCAAGCACUAUGUUCACUAGCGUGACUAAGCUGAGCCUGAAUGUGCGUUUUGGAGUCCACGAGGAUGCCAAGAUGGUGCCCACUUUCCUGAAGUGCUUUCCUAAUGUGUCGAGUCUGCAUAUCAGGUGUGAAAGAUGUGAUGAACCCACUGGCAAGCUCGAGCUUAAGUUUUGGGAUGAGGUUGGCCCUAUCGUGAGCAUUAUGUUGCGCAUCGAGAUUAUGACUAUCCGUGAAUUCAGAGGGGAGGAAGGUGAGAUCGCUUUUGUCAAGUACUUCUUGCAGAACGCAAGGGUGCUGAGGCAUGCGGUGUUCAUCUUCCCCAAUCCUGAUUUAUCUUCGAUUUCAAGGGCGAAAGGGCGCUCCAUAGCCGGGAAUCUGACUUCUCUGACAUGGGGCAGUACUCAAGGCUGUGGGAUCAUGGCGUAUGGGAGUGCAGAUCCUGAAGGAGGCAGACCAUGGUGCUUCAAAACCGGAGCAGAUUUUUCUCGUGACCCUUUUUGCUGGUGAAGUUUAAAGCACCAACAUGUUUCAUCAUCCAAGCUUAAUGUCCGUUGGAUUGGUCAGUGUUCUUUUGCAACAUCUCGUACAAGCGAUCGUUUUGGGCAGUGUUCUUGGGUCUAGCAUGAUUAGCUUGAAGUGUUGAGGUCAGUGGUGCUACUGUUAAUUGGUCUAUCAGUACUCCCGAUGCAUGUCAGUAUGUGUUCUUUCUAAAUAGAUGAAUGAUGCUUUAGCUUCUGCUGUCUUUAUCUUGGUAGUGAUGGUUGCUGACUAUAAAUCUGGAUGUUGUUAAUGAAACGGGAGAUGGUGAAAUGCCCUGAUGUUCGUUAACACAACACAUGCAUGGGCCUGGUUGAAACUAA